AAAAGACAAUGGUGGACGCACAGGACGGUGCCAAGCCCGAACGGAAGUUAAGAUCGAAGAUUGACGAGGCAGCUGGCUGCACCAAAAAUCUCUUCCGGUUCAAUCCCGAUGUGUUGCUGGCGUCACGCAAGCUCCGCGUGAAGAAUGAUUGCCGGCCCAUCUCGAGCCCCGAGGCCUUUCUGGCGGGGCCAAAGUUCACGAUCAACUUGGUGAAGCACGAGCCACCGCCACUGGUGCGGAAGCGGCGGCGCACAGACCCCGGAGAUGACCGCGUGCCCGACGAGUUGUAUCUGCUAUACCACACGCGAAUGCUGCGGCGCGAGAAGCAGUUCAGCAACUUGGAUAAGGACAAAAUGUUGAAUGAGUUGGAUAAUUACCAGCAACAACUCGAGAAGUUGUGCCAGGCAGAUUGGUUCAAGCACCUCCCGUACAUCACCCACGUUGACAACCCCAACGACUACACCGAGUUGGCCACCAAGCGCCGCCUCACGAUCCGCGAGAUCGAGAGCCUCAUUACCAAGUAUCAAGCGUGGAAACAGACCAGUGAUCAGCUCCUGGCACGGCUCAAACGGCUCCCCAUAGACGACCCAGAUGCGACGGAUGAGGACGAGAACACGUUACCGCUACUGGAACUCCAGAAACGCUGGAUUGCGCGGCGAACACGGCUGAAGGGGCCGGUGAUCAACUUAAAAGUGGAUUACUGCACGCGCUUGGUUAUUGAUCCGGUAUACCCACCCACGUUCGUCUACUCGAAAUACAAGGCGUGUACGUACAACGAGCCAGCGUCCUUGCAGUAUAAGCGGUUCAUGGAUGCGGAGGAGGAGCAGGCAGUGAACGAGAGGGUGUACAGGUUCGAUCAGAGCCGUGAAGUGGCGAAGGAUAGCCAGUUCAGUAAUGUCGGAUUUGGCUGCGAGUUACCUAGGUGUAUCCACCAGCCCGAGGAAUUCGAACUACCGUUUGAGGGGGGUUCUGCUGCGGGAGGGCAAAACUCUGAUUCUGGGUCAGAAUAAUGCAUUUUUUCACGGUUAGUUGAUCGUAUAUCUAUAAUCGGAGGGCAGUGUGGUGAGGUUGUUCUGCAAAAGGUCUUGGAAUGGUUCGGAAACCAAUUAUGAUCGGCCUCUUGAUGAGGGAGAUAAAGAAAUAAAACGCACUAUUGUACUUAAUACAGUUGGAAGAUCAGACGAGAGCUUCUGAUGGAAAGAAUCUGAAAGAGGUGCUUUUAUAAUUCCGAUAUAAAUCUAUGUAAAUACACAGGC